AUGUCGCUCUCGUCUCUGUUGUUGUUAUUGUUGGGAAUGAAAGCCCGAAAGCGCUUUCUCCUCAUUGUUGUCGCGUUCUUCGCGAUCCUUCUCUUCGCGUGGAAUGGCGUUCGGCGACAAUGGCGUCAAUCGGCGAACGCGACGACGAGUGGCGACCAUUACUACUCCUUUGACUUCGAGCGUGAAUACGAGGAGAGCGCGCACUCAAUGGGAAGCGAGUGUCGAAUGGAGUCGUGUUUCGAUUUGAAUAAAUGCUCAGAAAAUGGACUCAAAGUUCAUAUUUAUCCCGAAUUUGGACUCAAAUUGAAUCCCAUUUUCGCCAAAAUCGUCGAAAUCAUCAAAAGCUCGAAAUAUUACGAAAAGGACGCGAAAAAAGAAACCGAACGCCGCGAUGCUCUCCUUCAGACCUCUAUUCGGGGGCAGAAAGAUCGCGACCCGCUUUCCCUCGACUUCCAGGAGAAGUUGGAGAUGAGCCCAAGCACCGGAAGCAUAGCGCUCGAGCUGAAGCGGAAGCCGGUGUUCUACGGCCCAAUCUCUCAACUGCUGCGCAACGCCCUCCUCAUCAAAGCCAGCCAAUCGCGCGCCUCCUAUCGCCACGGCUUCGACGUCGCCUUCCCCCUCUUCGCGCGAAACCACGUGACGCGGGGGCCGCCCUUCGUGGCCGAGUCGCGCCCCUCCGCCGCCACGGCCGCCACGAGCGGUCAGUACCUGUUGGUGUUCAAGGGCAAGCGCUACACGUAUGGCAUCGGGAGCGAAACGCGCAAUUCGCUGCACUUCCUGCACAACGCGCGUGACGUCAUAAUCCUCACCACUUGCAAACACGGCAAGAAGAGCGUGAAGGACGCCGAGUGCGACCGCGACGACCAGCGCUACGACGACCACGACUACCGCGCGCUCAUGCGCAACGCCACCUUCUGUCUGGUGCCCCGGGGGCGCCGCCUCGGCUCCUACCGCUUCCUGGAGGCGCUGCAGGCGGGCUGCGUGCCGGUGGUGUUGGCCAACGAGUGGCUCCUCCCCUUCCACGAGCUCAUCCAAUGGCGCGACUGCGCUGUGAUCGCCGACGAGCGCCUCCUCUUCCAAAUCCCCGAAACCUUGCGCCAAAUCUCGCGCCAAACCGUCGCAACAAUGAGAGCCAAGUGUCUCGCGCUUUACGACACGUACUUCUCUUCCGUGGAGCGCAUCGUUCUGACGUCACUUCUGGUCAUCGAGAACCGCAUUCAUCCGCAGCGCGCGCCCCCAAGAACGCAGUGGAACCUGGCCACGCCCACCAUGGCCGCAGUGGUCGGCCAAUCGCAGCUCGGCGUUCGCGACCCGCUCGUUGGCCAGCUGUUGGCCGAAGAGCCGAACGGCACUUCGCGCGCGUUCACCGUCAUUGUUGACGUGAAGGACGCGAAUGACGUCACGACCAAUCUGCACCGAUUGUUGACGCGCGUGCUCUCCGCCUCUCCGCUCGUCUCUCGCGUGCUGUUGGUCGCGAAGAAAGGCGUAAAACUUCCCGAACUGGACUCGCGACUGGUGCGCGUGGUGGAGCGCGACUCUGCGGCCGCGCGCUUCCGCCCUCACACUCUGGACACUGAUUGCGUGCUCCAACUCAGCGCUCACUCUCUGCUCUCUUCCCAAGAGCUCGAGUUCGGAUUCAGUGUUUGGCGCGCGUUUCCCCAGCGCGUCGUGGGCUUCGCGGCACGUGACCACUUCUGGGCGGACGGCGCGUUCGAGUACUCGUCCAAAUGGACCAAUCGCUACUCUCUGGUGCUCACAGACUCCGCCUUCUACCACAAGUAUGCAACUGUUGUCGUCGCGCGCUCUCUAAUCAUUGUUCUCUUUCGCAGAGCUUUCAAUCACUUGUUUUCCGACUUCUUCGCCAACAAUCACUCGUUUCUCGCGACAGAAGACGAAGAAUGCGUGGAUUUCGCGUUUUCAUUCCUCGUGAGUCACGUGACACGAGAAGGCGCGAUAAAAGUGACGCAACGGAAGACGAGUUCCAACGCGACGCUCUCGUGGCAGGAGUUCCGCGACCGCAAGUCCUGUUUCCGGAAACUGCAGACACUCUUCGGCUAUUUGCCACUCAUCGAGAGUCGCGUGCGUUUCGAUCCCCUCCUAUAUAAAGAUAGCGUUUCUGUAAAACGCAAAAAGUAUCGCAAACUCGAGUUGUGA